CUGCAUUUUUAAGGAGCUCUCUCUCUUUUACGUAUGUAGAUGACAUGGGCGGAGACCAAUCACAAAAUUAUGAUACCACUUUUUUUUUAAUACGCGAUCGUGUGUACGCCCAAACAUACACACAAAAUACAAAGUUACACAUGUACCUCUUGCUUUUACCGAUGAUCUGUCCGGAUACCUAGAAAUCCCGUGCUUUUUGUUUAUACCGGCUUUCAUUGAAGGUUUUGGGCUUUUUAAUCAUGUCUUUAGCAGGAAUGGUACACAAGAUAGAAAAUCAAAAUGGUCUCCCAACCCGUAAAAAAACAAAAGAAAACAGCAGCCAGUUUACAUUUAAACCUUUUCUCUCGCAUCGAAAUAAAUAAAAAACAGACUGUUAUAAUCAUUGUUUUCUCCUCAACCAUAUUGGAAAAAAAAAAGCGCAUCUACUUAUGUAAGUUACAAUUCUUGGAAAUAAUAAUUUUGUUGUUCAUACGACAUUGUGACCAUAUAAACCUAUCAAUCCUUUGUUCAUCAUCCCUUUUUUUUUUUUUGGUGAUUUUUUUUUCUAUCCAAUGUCAAAUAGUAGACUGUCGAUAGUGUAAUGGAAGUUGAUGUCAUUUGAGAGUAUGUCACUACGAAAUCAUAUUCAGUAACACCGCAAGCAAAAAAAGAAUGAGUGAUCGUUAAAGUAGAAUAGAAAACAACAUGACACAUCUCUUGCAUAGAAGUGGAGAUAUAGCUUACUCAUGUUUACUUUGGGGGUAUCCAUAAAACAGCUUUUUUCUUUAGUUUAGCCAUUGUUUCAACAAUUUCCUCUAUAGUAUCUCUGGAGUCGAUACUAUUGCUUUAUAGAUGAAUAGCAAACAUUUUUAUCCACUCGUGUUUUAAGUCCUCAUUAGUCAUUUUUUAUACUAUCAAAAUAAUAAAGUUGGUGGGGCCACAUACACAAAAAAAAAAA